AUGUUCUCCUCAUCCUCGUCCUCCGCAGCGAGGACCCCUGCACCGCCGUCGGCGCCGGCUCCGGCGUCGUCAACAAGCACCGCGACGACGUCCCAGCACCUCAGCGUCUCCAGCGCGGCGCGCCCGCAGCAGUCGCAGUCGAGCAACACCUCCGUCUCUGGGGGUCCUCUUGGCCCCGCGCCGCCGCAACAGCAGCAGCAGCUCCACCAGACGCUGCCCUCCGAGGACCAGCAGCAGCACAUCUCGGAGGCGCGCGCGGCGGUGGUGGCGUCCAUCGGGAACAUGCUCGACGGGGAGCUGCAGACGCGGGCGCGCAUGCUGCACUCCAACGCGGCGGCGCUGGACAAGCAGGAGCGCGACGUGGUCAAGGCGACGGACGCGCUGCGGAAGGAGAACGACAAGCUGGCCAAGUUCACCGUCGACGCGGCGCGGCGGGUGAAGGAGCUCGGGAACGUGCAGAACUGGGCCGAGGUGCUGGAGAGGGAUUUCCUGGUGCUGGAGGAGACGUUCCGGUUGGUUAGGGAGGGGAGCUGUGAGAGCUGCGGGAGUGGGAGUUGGAGUGGAAGCGGCAGCUGGAGCGGCAGCGAGGAUGGGGAUGUGAGGAUGGGAAAGGGCGAGGAGGGUAAGGGGAAGGGGAAGCAGGUUGAGGGGGCGAUGGAGCUGGAUGGGAGCCAUGAGAAUUGCUCCGAGGCGAGUCAGAGUGUUACUGAGGCCGGGUCGAGUAACGCCAAGGGGUCUGAGACGACUUCUAUCUCGACGCUUUGA